AUGUCUUUGGUAUUGUUGUACUCAUUCUUGGCUAUUUUUCAGCUAUUCUACUCGUUUUUCAAGUCUUUGGUGCAGAAGGAUGUCGUGGUUGAACUGAAGAAUGAUCUCUGCAUCUGUGGAACCUUGCAUUCGGUUGACCAGUAUUUGAACAUCAAGCUAACAGACAUCAGUGUCACUGAUCCUGAAAAGUAUCCACAUAUGCUGUCUGUGAAGAAUUGCUUCAUUCGUGGCUCAGUUGUUCGAUACGUCCAACUUCCAGCCGAUGAAGUUGACACCCAGCUUUUGCAAGAUGCCACAAGAAAGGAAAGUCAGCAGAGCAAAAGCUAG